AUGGACUGCGCUGGAAACACUGCCGAGACCUGCGGCGGCUUUGACGCCCUCACUCUGUACGAGAUCGCCUCCGAAGCCCCUCCUACGCCAGCGCCUUUCACUCCCCCCGGACCCACGCCCGCGCCGGCCAGUCCCGUGGUCCCCUCCGGCGACUACGACUUCGUCGGGUGUGUUGCCGACAGCCAAUCCUCUAGGGUGAUGCCUGUGGGACCGCUCGCGGAGGACGUCAUGUCUGCGGAGAUCUGUUUCGGGAUUUGCUCAGCCCAAGACGACUCAAACACCCACUUCGGCACCCAGUACGGGGAAGAGUGCUGGUGCACAGGAUCGCUCGGAACAACCGAGACCUCCAGCGCCUGCACCAUGGACUGCGCUGGAAACAGUGCGGAGACCUGCGGCGGCUUUGACGCCCUUUCCAUGUACGAGAUCGUCGCCGACACCUCUUCCCCUCCUACGCCCGCGCCGACCCUCCCCGUCCCUCCUACGCCCGCGCCGGCCAGCAUCGUCUCCGACGACUACGAGGUCAUCGGAUGUGUGGCCGACAACCAAGCCGCCAGGGUGAUGCCGGUGGGACCUUUGGCCGAGGAUACCAUGUCCGCGGAGGUGGGUUAA